UCAAAGGAAUGAGGAGUGACUUAAGUAAGGGUGACCUUCUGUACCAGAUCAAAGUUAAGGUACAAUAGAGAGAUCCAGUUUUAUUAACAGUAAUAGCUUUACACAGGCCUUCUAGAGACAUUUCACAAGAAGUUUCUGGAUCCCAUGCACAUUUCAAAAGAAAACAUACACAGAAGAAAUCAAAUUUCAGACUACAUGCAGAAAAUAGAGAUGUUCAAUAUUGUGAGAAAAUGUUUUCACACAUGAGAGAAAGUGUGCCUUUCUGACGUAUAUGGUCAUUUUGAUGUAAAGGAUCUUUGUUUCAAGACAACUUCCUGGAAGACAACUCUUGUUCUCUCCUAAGAGUUUAUAAAGAUUUGAUGACUUCACCAUCUGCCUCCAACACCAGAAGAGAAGGAAGGAAAACAGCAGAGAUUCAAUUUAGUGUCUAAUGUGGAGAGGAGAGGACAAAGAGGGCUUGUGAUAACUGCUGUGAUAAUACCAUUUCUUGAGAAACCAUAUUAUUGAGUGGAGCCUUCAGCACACUGUCUUGGAGAAAUGGCUUUUAUGGGUGUGGAUACCAAAUGCCUGGGUCUGUUACUUCUUUGUGCAAUAGUUGGACCUUCUUUGGAAAUAAAAGUUAAUCCUCCUCAGGAUUUUGAAAUAAUGGAUCCUGGAUUGCUAGGUUAUCUCCAUUUGCAAUGGAAACCUCCCGUGGUGGUGGAAAACUUUAAGGAAUGCACACUAGAAUAUGAGUUAAAAUACCGAAAUGGUGAUAGUGAUAAAUGGAAGACCAUCAUUACUAGGAAUCUAAUUUACAAGGAUGGGUUUGAUCUUAACAAAGGCAUCGAAGGAAAGAUACGUACACAUUUAUCAGAGCAGUGUACAAAUGGAUCAGAAGUUCUAAGUUCAUGGAUGGAAGCUUCUUAUCGGACAUCCGAUGCAGGAAGCCUGGAAACUAAAAUUCAGGAUAUGAAGUGUAUAUAUUAUAACUGGCAGUAUUUGGUUUGCUCUUGGAAGCCUGGCAAGGUAGCAUAUUCUGAUGCCAACUAUACUAUGUUUUUCUGGUAUGAGGGCUUGGAUCAAGCCUUGCAGUGUACCAAUUAUCUUCGGGAUAAUGAAAAAAAUGUUGGAUGCAAGCUUUCUGACUUGGAGUCAUCAGACUAUAAAGACUUCUUCAUCUGUGUUAAUGGAUCCUCAAACACAGAACCUAUCAGAUCCAGCUAUACCGUUUUUCAACUUCAAAAUAUAGUUAAACCGUUGCCACCAGAAUUCCUUCACAUUAGCAUGGAGGAUUCUGUUGAGAUUAGAAUGAAAUGGAGCACACCCGAAGGGCCCAUUCCACCAAGGUGUUACACUUAUGAGGUUGUGGUCCGAGAAGAUGAUAUUUCCUGGGAGGCUGCCACUGAUAAAAAUGACAUGAAGUUGAAAAAAAGAACAAAUGAUAGUGAAGAGCUGUGCUUUUUUGUAAGAAGUAAAGUCAAUAUAUACUGUGCAGAUGACGGAAUUUGGAGUGAAUGGAGUGAAGAGGAAUGCUGGGAAGGCUACAUGGGACCAGAUUCAAAGAUUGUUUUCUUAGUGCCAAUUUGUCUCUUCUUUGUAUUUCUUUUAUUACUUCUCUGCUUGAUUGUGGAGAAGGAAGAACCUGAACCAACAUUGAGCUUCCAUAUGGACCUGAACAAGGAAGUUUAUUCUUAUGAAGAGACCCUCUGUUAAGCUAUGCUUUUUAGGCUUAUAGCCACCCAGCAUGAGUCAUAUUAAACUCAUUUUCUCUUCAUAUUUCAAAUACAUCUUACUGCAGAA